AUGAUGUCUCCAGCAUUCCGUGCUGGCUCGCUCCGUGCUAUGGCCUCGCCUUCGAUGGCGCUUCGAGCCUCCAAACUUGGCAUGCAGUCGUCUAGCAGCGCACUCGCGGCUGCAUCGACAGCGCCUGCUGCUCCCACCGUGGGCCUUCAGUCGCUGUGCCAGACUCGCAACAUCUUCUGGACGCGAUCGCGGAAGAACGAGAAGGCCGCGGCCGUGCUCGCGGCGGCCCAGGCCGAUGCGCAGCCUCUGCAGCUGCCACCCCCAAAUAGCGGCGGCAAGAAGAAGGGCGGCUUCUUCCGAUCGCUGCGACGCGGCUUCUACAUCGUAACUCUCGGCAGUCUGGGAACGUAUGCAUACUUUGUCUACCAGGGCCGACACCCACCUGACCAGCUGCCCCAAGAUCCGACCAAGAAGACCAUCGUCGUCCUCGGAAGCGGCUGGGGAGCCACCUCGCUGCUCAAGAACAUCGACACCGAAGAGUACAACGUCGUCGUCAUCUCGCCCCACAACUACUUCCUCUUUACGCCUCUGCUGCCUUCCGUCACGGUAGGUACGCUCGAUGGACGCAGCAUCGUCCAGCCCACGCGUCACACGACCCGUUUCAAGACGCGCGAGGUCAAGGUGUACGAGGCCGACUGCGAAUACGUCGACCCCAUCAACAAGACCGUCACCUUCGAGGAUAGAAGCGAGGUCAAGGGCUCCGUCUCCAAGGUUACCAUCCCUUACGAUUAUCUCGUCUACUCGGUGGGCACGGAAAACCAGACGUUCGGUAUCGAAGGCGUUAAGAAGCACGCCUGCUUCCUCAAGGAGCUCAACGAUGCCGAAAAGAUCCGCGCUCGCCUGAUCGAUUGUGUCGAGAGCGCUGCCAUCAAGGGCCAGUCCGAGGAAGAGAUCGACCGUCUGCUGCACAUGGUCGUUGUGGGUGGUGGUCCCACAGGGAUCGAAUAUGCCGCCGAGCUGCGCGACUUUGUCGAGUCGGAUCUGAUCCGCUGGUAUCCCGAGGUGGCCAACAAGCUGCGCGUGACGCUCGUCGAGGCGCUGCCCAACAUUCUUCCCAUGUUCUCGCAGACGCUCAUCAAGUACACCGAAUCGACAUUCAAGGAGAACUCGAUCGAGAUUCUCACCAAGCACAUGGUCAAGGACGUCGACGACCGCGACGUGCUCGUCAAGACGCCCUCGGGCGAGGAAAAGAAGAUUCCUUACGGUCUGCUCGUGUGGGCGGCGGGUAACACGGCCCGACCCUUGACACGCCAGCUCAUGGCAGCGCUACCCGAGUCGCAAAAGACCCGCCGUGGCUUGGAGGUAGACGAUCACAUGCGUCUCAAGGGCGCCGAGGACUCGAUCUUUGCGCUCGGAGACGCCACCGCGACCCAAUUUGCACCCACUGCCCAGGCCGCCUCGCAGCAGGGAGCCUACCUGGCCCGCGUGUUCAACCAGCUGGCCCGCCUCACCGUGCUCGAGAACAAGCUUGAGGAAGCCAAAAAGACCAACGCCGAUGCCUCUGAGCUCGCCGGUCUGGAGCGACAGAUCGAGAAGGCGGCCAAGAUCCGCCCCUUCAAGUACACACACCAGGGCUCGCUCGCCUACAUUGGCUCCGAGAAGGCCAUCGCCGACAUUCCCUUGCUCGGCAACAACCAGAUCGCGUCGGGUGGUGUGGUGACAUUCAUGUUCUGGCGAUCUGCCUACGUGUCGAUGCUGUUCUCUCUGCGCAACCGAUCGCUCGUAGCCGCCGACUGGUUCAAGGUUUUCCUCUUCGGUCGCGAUGUGUCGCGAGAGUGA